ACCUGCCCCCCACCCUCCUGAUCCCUACGGAGAGGGGAGAGGGUUCUGGUCCUCCCCCCCCACACACACACAUCUCCACCCCAAUUUUGGAGUUGGUGUCAAGUUGCUCGUGAGGGCGGGGCAGGGGGCGGAUAGGCCCGAAGGACGUGGGGACACAGGCCAGAGUGGCCUGUUCCCCACACACAGGAGUGAACCGAAGGCGUGACGACCAACCCCCAGGAUGGCGGAAGCGCACCAGGCUGUGGCCUUCCAGUUCACGGUGACCCCAGAUGGGGUCGACUUCCGGCUCAGUCGGGAGGCCCUGAAACACAUCUACCUGUCUGGAAUCAACUCCUGGAAGAAACGCCUGAUUCGCAUCAAGAAUGGCAUCCUCAGGGGUGUUUACCCUGGCAGCCCCACCAGCUGGCUGGUCGUUGUCAUGGCAACAGUAGGUUCCUCCUACUGCAACGUGGACAUCUCCGUGGGGUUAGUCAGUUGUAUCCAGAGAUGCCUCCCUGAGAGGUGUGGCCCCUACCAGACCCCGCAGACUCGGGAACUUCUCAGCAUGGCCAUCUUCUCCACGGGGGUCUGGGUGACAGGCAUCUUCUUCUUCCGCCAAACCCUGAAGCUGCUUCUUUCCUACCACGGGUGGAUGUUUGAGAUGCACGGCCAGACAAGUCACUUCACUAGGAUCUGGGCUAUCUGUGUUCGCCUUCUGUCCAGCCGGCGACCCAUGCUCUAUAGCUUCCAGACAUCUCUUCCCAAGCUUCCUGUGCCCAGUGUGCCAGCUACAAUCCAGCGGUACCUGGAAUCUGUGCAGCCCUUGUUGGAUGAUGAGGAGUAUUACCGCAUGGAGGCACUGGCCAAAGAAUUCCAGGACAAGACUGCUCCCAGGCUGCAGAAAUACCUGAUACUCAAGUCGUGGUGGGCAACUAACUAUGUGAGUGACUGGUGGGAAGAAUACAUCUACCUUCGUGGCAGGAGCCCUCUCAUGGUGAACAGCAACUAUUACGUCAUGGACCUUGUGCUUGUGAAGAGCACAAACGUGCAGGCCGCCCGCCUAGGAAACGUAGUCCAUGCCAUGAUCAUGUAUCGCCGUAAGCUGGACCGUGAAGAGAUCAAGCCCGUGAUGGCACUGGGCAUGGUGCCCAUGUGCUCCUACCAGAUGGAGAGGAUGUUCAACACCACUCGGAUCCCGGGCAAAGAGACAGACACACUGCAGCACCUUUCGGACAGCCGGCACAUCGCUGUCUACCACAAGGGCCGCUUCUUCAAGGUGUGGCUCUACGAGGGCUCCCGUCUGCUCAAGCCUCGCGACCUGGAGUUGCAGUUCCAGAGGAUCCUGGACGACCCCUCCCUGCCUCAGCCUGGGGAGGAGAGGCUGGCAGCCCUUACUGCAGGGGGAAGGGUGGAGUGGGCGCAGGCACGCCAGGCCUUUUUCAGCUCUGGCAAGAACAAGGCUGCUCUGGAGGCCAUUGAGCGUGCCGCUUUCUUCGUGGCUCUGGAUGAGGAGUCCCACUGCUACGACCCCGAAGAUGAAGCCAGCCUCAGCCUCUACGGCAAGGCCCUGCUGCAUGGCAACUGCUACAACAGGUGGUUCGACAAGUCUUUCACUCUCAUUUCUUUCAAGAAUGGUCAGUUGGGCCUCAACACAGAACAUGCAUGGGCCGAUGCGCCCAUCAUCGGACACCUCUGGGAGUUUGUCCUGGGUACUGACAGUUUCCACCUGGGCUACACAGACAGCGGGCACUGCCUGGGACAACCAAACCCUGAGCUGGCUCCUCCUCUGCGGCUACAGUGGGAUCUUCCUGCACAGUGCCAGGCAGCCAUCGAGAGUUCCUACCGGGUGGCCAAGGCACUGGCAGAUGACGUGGAGCUCUACUGCUUCCAGUUCCUGCCCUUUGGCAAAGGCCUCAUCAAGAAAUGCAGAACCAGCCCUGAUGCCUUCGUGCAAAUCGCGCUGCAGCUAGCUCACUUCCGGGACAGGGGCAAGUUCUGUCUGACCUAUGAGGCCUCGAUGACCAGAAUGUUCCGUGAGGGACGGACCGAGACUGUGCGUUCCUGUACCAAUGAGUCCACAGCCUUUGUUCAGGCCAUGAUGGAGGGGUCCCGUAUGAAAGCAGACCUCCAGGACCUCUUCCGGAAAGCUUCUCAGAAGCACCAAAACAUGUACCGCCUGGCCAUGACAGGGGCGGGGAUUGACAGGCACCUCUUCUGUCUUUAUCUGGUCUCCAAAUACCUAGGGGUCAGCUCCCCUUUCCUGGCUGAGGUACUUUCAGAACCCUGGCGCCUCUCCACCAGCCAGAUCCCUCAAUCCCAGAUCCGCAUGUUUGACCCAGACCAGUAUCCCAAUCAUCUGGGCGCUGGAGGUGGCUUUGGCCCUGUGGCGGAUGAUGGCUAUGGGGUCUCCUACAUGAUUGCAGGCGAGAACACCAUCUUCUUCCACGUCUCUAGCAAGUUCUCAAGCUCAGAGACAAAUGCCCAGCGCUUUGGGAAUCACAUCCACCAAGCUCUGCUGGACAUCGCUGAUCUAUUCCAAGUUCCCAAGGCUGAGAGUUGAGGGCUGAAGAGAUGCCAGCUGCCCUUUCAUCCCCACGUGCAGAAGGGGCCUGUGGCCAGCACACAGGCAUGAGGGGUGGCCGUGCACAGGUGCACAGGCUCCAAGGACAGCUAUGGCAGCAAGGGUUCCUUGGGCAGAUGCUGCUCCCUGAGGGCCCAGGUGGUAGAGGUGGGGCUGAAGCAGGCAGGAAGUGCUUUAUUUCUUGGUAGACAUUAAUAAAAAUAAGGAUGUGUAAUUCUCUCAGCCCUUAGGUACCUAUGUUUUGUUUGGGAAUUAGGAGGCCCUCUCCUUGUGAACUCAGGUCAGAAGGUGGCCAGGAAAGGGCAGGGUUGUGAGAGACCGGUGAUCUGUUUAGAAUGUGUGUUUCCACUUAGUGAUGCAGGUUCUGUGGUUGUGGUCCACACCCAUAUGUACACUUGGAAUAAAUUCUUGCUUCAGAAACUU